AGCGAGUGCUGGUGCCGUCUUCCCUGUCACCCUCACCCGGCAUGAACACCGUUGUUGCGCUGGCGUCGACAUUCAUUCAGGCAAAAAGCACCGACAUCACUGUACCUGGUCGCUAGUUAUCUGGCAAGCAUAUUCAUGUCAUGUCAUCGUCGCGUUAUGGUCACAGCCACAACGGGCGUUUCGCGACGCCAGCAUCGUCGACCUACUUCCAGAGCAGCCUCGAGUCGCGCACGGAAAGCAGCGGUGCAUCUGAGUCGCCACACGGGCCUCAGCGCGUGACAGACAGCAUUGAAGAUGCUCGUGCAUAUACACCUUCGCUGGCGAGUGCCAGGCCCAGCACUUCGUACAGCACAGUUUCGCGAGCCACCCGACCAAGCACCGCCUCGCGUCGGAGACCUCGCACGGGAACCUCGGCCUCGAUACUUGGGUUGAGUGAGCAGCAGAACGUUGUGUGUGCACUCGCAGAAGCACGCGGCGUCACACCAUCAGUAGGCGUCGCCUUUGUCAAUGUCUCGCUCGGCGAGGUCGUUCUGAGCCAGAUUUGCGACAACCAAGCCUACGUCAAGACGAUCCACAAGAUCCAAAUGGCAUCGCCAUCUAGAGUGGUCUUCAUGUCAACGGCCUGCCCGCCAGUCAAGAACACCACUCUGUUCUCCCUGGUCCAGGAGCUCGUGCCCGAUGCCACAUCGGAUGCCUUUGACCGAGCAGCCUGGUCCGAAAACGAGGGCUAUGACCACAUCCAGAACCUUGCACCCCAAAGUGACGUCGGGCCCAUCAAAGUGGCAUUGCAAGGGAAGUAUUAUGCUGUGUGCUCAUUUGCUGCGGCCAUGAAGUACAUCGACCACCAGUUCACAAUAUCCUUUGCCCCUCAUUCACUUCGGAUUCGAUACCAGCCAUCCGAAGACACCAUGAUGAUCGACGUAGCCGCCAUACGGUCGCUCGAAAUCAUGCAAAACGCGCACAAUAGCAAGUCCAAGGAAUCGCUGUAUGGCCUCCUGAAUCAUACUUGCACGCCAAUGGGAGCGCGCAUGCUGCGACGAAAUAUACUGCAGCCGCCAACGGGCCAUGAAACAUUUCUCGGACCCAGGUUCGAUGCUUUGGAAGAAUUGACCAAGCGAGAAGAGCUGUUUCGGGAGGUUCGAAAAGCGUUGAAACCCUUUCACGAUGUCGAAAAGCUUCUUACAAAGUUGAUCAUUGUGCCCACCGGUAAAUCCAUCACACUGGUCGAGGAGCAAAUUAGCCAGGUACUCAUGCUUAAAGGCUUCUUGGAAGCAGUUCCAAAACUCUUUGUGGCCUUGGCCCCGGUCCAAAGCGCACUGCUUGUCAAAGUGCGCGAGCUAUGUUGUCCCGAGGUCACCGGCCCAAUGCUGGCAAACAUUCAAAGGGUCAUUGAGCCCGACGUGAAAUAUAUGAGAUCGCCCUUGGACCUCCGCAAUCAACGAACUUUUGCUGUGCGAUCUGGUAUCAAUGGGAUGCUAGAUGUGGCCCGGCAAACGUACAAGGAACUGACCGAAGAGAUUCACCAGCAUGUGGACGAGCUACAGGAUGGAUUCAAAAUUGCCGUCGCUCUCAAAUUUGACAACGGCAGAAAGUACUGGUUGCGGAUCAAGGCUAUCGACUUUGACUACGGAUCGCCGCCACCACUUUUCGUCAAUGUCGUGCGGAAGAAGGACAACAUCGAAUGCCAGACGCUGGACCUGAUUAAGCUGAACGUGCGACUAUCUGAUGCUUCCAACGAGGUUGUCAUUCGUAGCGAUGCUGUGAUUCAGGACCUCAUUGCCGAUCUUCGAAGGACCGCCUCACAACUCUUCAAGGUCUGUGAGUCUGUCGCCUUGAUUGACAUGCUGGCGUCCUUUGCCCAGUUAUCCAUGACACGCGAUUAUGUGCGUCCAGACAUUACUUCUACUCUUGCGCUCAAAGCGGCGCGCCAUCCAAUUCUUGACAAGUCUCACGUUGGGGACAUCGUUCCCAAUGACUAUUACGCGUCGGAGCAGCACUGCUUUCACAUCAUCACUGGAUGCAACAUGAGCGGCAAGAGUACCUACAUUCGAGCUGUGGCACUGCUUCAAAUCAUGGCACAAGUAGGGUGUUUUGUGCCUGCAGAAUACGCCGCCUUCCCCAUCAUUCACAACAUCUUUGCCCGGGUGUCGAUGGAUGACAAUGUUGAAGCUAGCCUGUCCACGUUCUCUGUCGAAAUGCGAGAGAUGGCCUUUAUUCUGCGCAACAUUGACGGCAAGAGUCUAGCCAUCAUUGAUGAGCUGGGUCGCGGGACAAGCACGCGAGAUGGGCUCGCAAUCGCCAUCGCCAUGUCGGAAGCAUUGAUUCAGACGGGGGCGUCCGUCUGGUUUGCGACACACUUUAUCGAGCUAGCCAAAGUACUCGGGGAACGGCCAGGUGUGCUCAACCUCCAUCUCGCGUCCACUACGGCGGAGACAUCCGAGGGGCUUCCGCUCCUGCAAAUGCUGUACAAAGCCACGGCGGGCACCGUCAAUGACAAGGAACACUACGGUAUUCACCUGGCGCGUGCCAUGGGAUUUCCCCCUUCUUUCAUUGACAAAGCCGAGGAAGUGGCCAAUGAUCUCAGGCAAAAACGCGAGGCUAACCGGCAGAGCUCCGAGUCUCGCAAACUUGUGGCGCGCCGUAAACUCUUGCUGAACUUGCACGAAGCGCUUCGCCAAGCCAGGGACGCUGGCAGCGACGAAUCGUUGCCGGGCUACCUGCGCAGCCUUCAAGCUGAAUUUGCUGCCCGCAUGGAAGGCCUGGACAGUGUGCAAUAG